UUCCUCUCCCUCCCCGGGGGCAGAGCGGUGAUCCGAGGGGGCUGUCAGCCUGCAGCACCUCCCCAUCCCCGGGGGCUGGCUUCCCCGCUUCCCCCGCAGGAUUUGUUUUAAGAAAUGUGCAUUUUGCACGAUCUUGUACAAAUCUCCAGGAAGGCAGCGCUGGGGCUGGGCGGGCGCAGGGGCAGAAGCGAGCCGCAGCCCCUCCAGGGGAGGAAAUGAAGGCGAGGAGAGAAAAACCAGUCCGGCCCCGGUAUCAAUAUUUUAUCAGUGUGUCAGCAGCAGCAGCCGCGGCUGGCGAGCGCAGCAGGGGAUGGGGCAGCAGCCGAGCGCACCGGGAGCCCGGCGCGGAGCUGUAGGCAGCCUCGGGCUCCGGGCGGCUUAAAAGGGCGCUUCGGAUCCCCGAGCGCGGGGACCAUGAGCGGCUUCGCCUUGCUGUGCGGCUUGCCCUGGCUCCUGGGGGUGCUGCCGCAAGCGCUGCAGGCCGGGGCCGGGGGCAGGAGCAGCCGACCCACCCCCACCAAAGAGGCGGAUUUCGACCGGGUCUACGCAGGGACGGUGAACAUCAACCGCGAGGAGCUCUACUCCUUCAAUUACACCAGCAAGCCGGGCCAGGUGGAUGCAGUGCGGGUGUAUGUGAAGAGUGACUCUGAGGACCUGCAGUAUCCCAUCCUGUUUGUAGUUCGCCAGCAGAAGGGGGUCCUGUCAUGGCAAGUCCCUCUCAUUUUUCGAGGCCUUUACCAGAGGACCUACAACUACCAGGAAGUAAGCCGUACACUCUGCCCUUCGGAACCCACGCCUGAGAUGGGACCCUCUGAGCAGAUCAUAUUUGUAGACGUGGCUUCCAUGGCACUGUUUGAUAUUGAGUAUGAGCUGCUGGUCACGAGGCUCAAGAACUUCCAACUCACGACAGACAAAGCCUUUAACUUCACUGCCAGCCCUUCUCAGCCUCAGUAUUUUCUGUACAAGUUCCCUCCAGAUGUGGAUUCCGUCAUCAUCAAGGUGGUAUCUGAAACUGUCUAUCCCUGUUCUGUUGUCUCCGUCCAGGAUAUUGUGUGCCCUGUGUAUGAUCUGGACCACAAUGUGGAGUUUAAUGGUGUUUACCAGUCCAUGACAAAGCAAGCUGCCAUUACUGUACAGAAGAAGGACUUCCCAGGCGAGCAGUUCUUUGUUGUGUUUGUCAUAAAGCCAGAGGACUAUGCCUGUGGGGGCUCUGUGCCUUCCUCUAUCAAGGGAAAGGGCAACCACACCUGGAACCUACAACGAACGAAGAGCCUUCAAGUGACCGUUGUACCCUCUAUUAAAGAGUCUGACUAUGUGCAAGCCAUGCUCUUCAGCUUCCUGAGCUUCCUCUCCUUCUACCUGGGCUCGCUGGUCGUCGCCUUUGUGCACUACGUCAGGGUUCAGAGGAAGACUUCAGCUGGAAGAUACAGUCCUGAUGAUGGAUCCGGGACUGUGGCUACCUCACAUCCCAUCACGACUGGCACCCCCGAGGGAAGCAGCUAUGGAGCUAUUGAAAAGCUUGACAUGCAAACUCUAUCUUCAGGGCAGUACUCAGAGGCCACUGCUAACACCAGGCAGAAUGCCGCAGCCUUUACUGAUGAGUCAAGCUCCAGUGGUGGCCGGCAGUUAUCGUCCCCGGAGCAUGGGCACCCACAUGGUUCUGACACAGACAGCUCUGUGGAGGAGGAGAGCGAUUUUGACACCAUGCCCGAAAUUGAAAGUGAUAAGAAUGUCAUCCGCACUAAGAUGUUCCUCUAUCUGUCAGACUUGUCCAGAAAGGAUCGGCGAAUCGUCAGCAAAAAGUACAAAAUUUAUUUCUGGAACAUCAUCACAAUCGCCGUGUUCUAUGCACUGCCUGUGAUCCAGCUGGUCAUCACAUACCAAACGGUGGUGAACGUAACUGGUAACCAGGAUAUCUGCUACUAUAACUUCCUCUGUGCUCAUCCUCUGGGGGUCUUGAGUGUUUUCAACAAUGUCCUGAGCAACGUGGGCCACGUGCUGCUGGGUUUCCUCUUCCUGCUGAUCGUGUUGCGCAGAGACAUUCUCCACCGCCAUUCACUGGAAGCCAAAGACACCUACACGCUGGAAUAUGGAAUCCCCAAACACUUUGGUCUCUUCUAUGCCAUGGGCAUUGCUUUGAUGAUGGAAGGGGUUCUCAGUGCUUGUUACCAUGUCUGCCCCAACUACUCUAAUUUCCAGUUUGACACCUCCUUCAUGUACAUGAUUGCAGGACUCUGCAUGCUCAAGCUUUACCAGACCCGCCACCCGGAUAUCAAUGCGAGUGCUUACUCUGCUUAUGCCUCCUUCGCCGUGGUCAUUUGCCUGGCUGUCGUCGGAGUGGUGUUUGGAAAGAACAAUGUGUGGUUUUGGGUCAUCUUCUCAGUCAUCCACGUUGUGGCCUCGCUGGCUCUCAGCACCCAGAUCUACUACAUGGGCCGCUUCAAAAUAGAUGUCUCUGACACAGACUUUGGGAUUUUCCGCCGAGUGGUGAUGGUGCUGUACACGGAUUGUUUCCAGCAGUGCAGCCGGCCAAUGUACAUGGACAGGAUGGUGCUGCUCAUUGUUGGAAACCUGGUCAACUGGUCCUUUGCUGUCUUUGGACUGGUGUAUCGGCCAAGGGACUUUGCCUCCUACAUGCUGGGAAUCUUUAUCUGUAACCUACUGCUGUAUCUGGCCUUUUACAUCAUCAUGAAGCUCCGCAGCUCUGAGAAGCUCCUGCCCAUUCCACUGUUCUGCAUCGUGGCCACAGCCGUGGUUUGGGCUGCAGCCCUUUACUUUUUCUUCCAGAACCUCAGCAGCUGGGAGGAGACCCCGGCGGAAUCCCGAGAGAAGAAUCGCCCGUGCAUCCUGCUGGGCUUCUUUGAUGACCAUGACGUCUGGCACUUCCUCUCAGCAGCCGCCUUGUUCUUCUCCUUCUUGGUUCUGUUAACGCUGGAUGAUGACCUGGAUGCCGUGCGCAGAGACAAGAUCCCUGUAUUCUGAGCGAUGGGAGCCGGGGUGGGGAUGGUGUUCUUCAUUCUGCUCGGUGGAAGGAGCAGAGCCAGCAGCCAGCAUUGUCUAGGGAGAAUGAACCUCCUGUUGUACAAACAGCACUGACACCCCAGCCAGGCGGAGGAGGAGGAGCAGAUAGAUCCCACACCAGCAAAUAGGAGGCUUCUGUAAUAAAUGAGGCAAGACCUGAAAGGCAGACAGACCCCUGCCUGUUCCCCCUCCCUGCCACUCAUUAGAUCAGAUGUGGCCAUCCAGCGUCAUGGAGUCCAGCGCAAGGCAGAUGAGCAGUGCUUUGGCUGGAAGUCACGCAGGAGUGAGGGAGCUGUGGCCAUGUUCAUUAAGGGUAGUGUGUGCCUCCAGGGGUGACUUAAACUUUAUUCACCUUCUCCUGCAACCUCCGCUGCCCUGAGAAAAGCCACUCAGCAGUCCUGAGCUGCCCCAGGGAGCAGUCGCUUUCUCUCACUCACUGCCUCGCACCAACCCCAGCAGUGCAAUGGGACAUGAGACACAGCAAGCCCCUCAAAUGGGAAAGAACAGCUGAGACUAGCUCUUGACUCCUUUAUCUGCCUUUGUGUUGUGUUGCACGUUCUCUUCCAUGAGCAUGGUUGUCUGGGCCAAUGCAGGUCCCCAUCACGUUUGUAGCUGUUCCCUGCACUCCACAGGCCACUACCGUCAUCGCUGCUACUCUCUGCAUCUGACCACGUCCACGGGCCCCUGCAGCCUGGAGGUGUUAGCUCUCACUCUGUGCCAGCCUGAGGAGCGCCUGCUGGGGCUAAAGGUAGCAAACAGAGGCCAGGCUCAAAUCUCUAGCCCCUGCCUUAAGCUUGAGCUACUUCAUCCUGCAACUGAAAGAACCUCAGGCUGGGGAAGAGCAAUGGGCCGAAUGAGCUGUUCCACCUGAAAAAGCAACAGCCCUGGGAGAUGGUGCUCCACUGCGGCGGGCUCAUAGUACCCACGUUCUGGCAGCCCCAGAUGCUGAUGUGUUCGCUCGUCCUUGGCCUCCCUCCCUGUGCUUUUCGGUGGAGGAAGAGUUCAUGGUUGGCUCUUGCCUGGAGACCAGUUCCCUGGUAGCUCCCGUCUUGCAUCUGAAAUGACAUCCUGUGACCCUAACACAGCUACUCUGCAUUAGAGCUCUCCCUUUGCUGGCCACUCCCUACGUGGGUGUUUAGAAAAGGGAGCUGUGGAAUUACAGCCUAGUGCAGUCAUGCAUCAGGGCCUUGUCCUGUUCGUACUGGUGGCACUUUUGCUAUUGACUUCAGUGAGAGCAGGGUCAGGCCCAUAGCGAAGAAGCUACUUAUGAAGCUCAGUCUUCCAGGGCUUCUGAAUUUACAACCAAUCAUUUGCUCUGGACUGAAAGCUAGCAACGAAGGCUCCCACCACAGGCGAGAAAUGUCACUUUAAUAAAAUUCUGAACCAAAUGCUGUUACCCAUCAGCCCUGCUGCAGCCACAAACUAGAUUUUGGAUUUUUGUUAAUGGCUUCGCAUUUUUACUGUUGCCAAAAUUGCCACAUCAUUUAAAAACAAGAACAAGGUGUGAAAUGUUCCUGGUAGUGUGGCCGAAAGGUGACUCGUGUUGCUAAUUUUGAAUUUAAAAAUAGUAUCAAUUACUGACGCCUCCUGCAACUUUUUAAAAAAAGUUGCUAUUGGAGUAUUGUUGAAUUGUCAAAAAGAGGCGUGUGUGUGGGAUUGGGGUGUUUAAUUCUAUGGUAACUAUUGCACAGAGGCCCUGGGCUGCUAGCAUUUACUUUGGGGAAAAAAGUUUACGGUGAAGCUGUCCUCUGAAAAGUAUCUCACUCCUGGAAGAUGUCAUAUUAAUUGGUUGAAAUUUGUUAAGACUACAAAUAAAUGAGGUUUUUUUCCCCCUAAUUCUCAGCCCUCUAACUUCAA